GAAAUGACGUACUCACACAUGAUGAGCAACCAGAAGAGGCUCGCAAUGGGGAGGUGCUCGCUGAUUACGAAUAGGUCGCGAGCCAAGAAUCUCCCCACCAAGUCCCAAGUAAUCUAUCGGGAGCUGGGAAUCCCGAUUCGUGAUUGCGAAUUAUUUCUCCCCCCCCCAACACCCGGCGCGCCGUCGCGUGAGCCGCCGCGUGAUCUCCGUUCCGCCAAGUUUCGAAUGUGCGAGGGGGGGCGCUGAUGAUCUCCCCCGAUGCCUAUCCGAUUCGAUCGAUGUUUAUGGGGGGCUCUGCUGACUGUUGCUGAUUCCUCCGGUAGACCGCGCUACGUGUUGACAGCGCUCGAAAUCUCGUCGGAUCGAUGCGCCCGCGAGCGCACUUGUGGGGGAAACUUCGUGAACCCUAGCUUGCACCCCCUUUUUGUUAUGAAUGCCCCCCCCUUUCUUUCUUGCCUUUUCCCCAGCUUUGUCGAACUUGCCUCGUUGUCUUCCUGUAAAGUUGCCAGCUUGCCUUACCCCGACUCGAUGCUCUGGGAGAAAGUGCAAGGAGCGAGGACUCGUCGAGAACAAAGACGUCGUUGGAAAGUUGUAGACGAUCGUGCGGCGUGCCCACGCAAAAAGGAGGGUGCGAACACGAGAGGAGAGGAGAGGAGAGGAGACGAGGGUGCAGAAUACAAGGUCGCAGUCGACAGUGCGAGGUGCAGUCGUGAGUUGCGAGGUGCGCGGCAAAUCGAUGGUUCGACGUGUGUGUUCGAUGAAGCGUCAAGUGUGAUGAGCCCAAAACGGCUGGCUAAGUCGACAAAGUCUUGGUCCUGAAGUUCCCUCGAAGUGCCGAGACGAGGGUGUGUGUGUGUGUGUGUGUGUGUGUGUGUGUGUGUGUGUGUGUGUGUGUGUGUGUGUGUGCUGAUUUGCGGGAGGGGACCGACCCCGUUGGCGCGCGCGCGCCUUCACUUGACUCACACUGAG